AUGGCGGUGGAGCGCGUGGGUGCCGUGGUGAUCGGCGCGGGCGCAGUUGGCCUUGCGUGCGCCCGUGCGCUGGCGUCCCGCGGCCGCGACGUUUUCAUCCUCGAGAGGGAGAGCAAGGGCAUCGGCAUGGGCACGUCGUCGCGCAACAGCGAGGUCAUCCACGCGGGGCUGUACUACCAGCCAGGAAGCCACAAGGCCAGGCUGUGCGUGGAGGGGCGCCACAUGCUCUACGACUACCUCAGCAGCCGCAACAUUCCUCACAAGAGGCUCGGAAAGAUCCUCGCGGCCCCUCAGAGCAGCUCCCCGGCCCUGGACCGCAUCUUCGAGACCGCGCUGCGCAACGGCGUCGAGGGCCUGCACCGUCUCACGGGCGAAGAGGCAAGGUCGUUGGAGCCCGAAGUGUCGUGCGGGUCGGCGCUGCUGUCGGAAUCAACCGGCAUCAUGGACUCGCACGCUUACAUGCAGUCCCUGCUCGCCGACGCGGAGGCCUCCGGAGCCGUCCUCGCCCUCGGAAGCGUCGUGAAAGGGAUCGAGCCGACGCCCGACGGCCGGCUGCGCGUCCACGCGGAGGACACAAGUACUGGGGAGGAGUUACCGCUGGACGCCGCGUGCGUCGUGAACGCGGCGGGGCUGGACGCGCAGAACAUCGCACGGGCCACGAGCGGGCUCGACCGGUCGAUGAUCCCGCCUCUGUGGCUCGCCAAGGGCAACUAUUUCACCAUCUCUUCCGGUCCAAAACCAAUGAGCAUGUCUCGACUGAUUUACCCCGUCCCCUCGGGCUCUGGAGGCCUCGGCGUGCACCUCACGCUCGACCUCCAGGGCAACGCCCGCUUCGGGCCCGACGUCGAGUGGCUCCCGGAGGGGACUGCCCCGGCUGACGUCAGCUACGAGGUCAACCCUGGCCGGGCCGCGGGGUUCGCGAAAGCGAUCGCGGAGUACUGGCCGGGGGUUCUGCGGGACGGCGGGUCGCAGCUGGAGCCGUCCUACGCGGGCGUGAGGCCCAAGGUCGUGGGCCCUGGCGCUGAGAGGCCGGGAGACUUCGUGAUUCAAGGUCCUGGAGAUCAUGGAAUCAAGGGCCUAAUUAACUUGUUCGGAAUCGAGAGCCCCGGGCUGACUUCGAGCCUGGCGCUCGGGGAAGUCGUCGCGAACAAGGCGCUGCGGUAG